AUACCAGGUACUUGAGAUGGUAGGUCAAGAAGGAAACUAAGUACUAAAGGUAAAAACGUAUUAAAGACACUCCUCUUGUGCAGAAAGAACGUUUCUGAUUUGGCUGGUCGGAACUCGGUUGUUUUUUUAUUGUCGCUACAGUAAUAGGUGGAUUUGGAUAUUGCGGUUUUUGAGAAGAUCAUAUAAUCAUGCCAGGCUUCAUAAACGAAACGCUCGCAAACGACAACUCGACCACUCCGAUGUUCAUGGGACAGCAAUAUCCUGGCGUAUACAACACAGUGUACUGGGGAGCCUCUGCGUCUUCUCUUCUUCUCCUUCUUGCGGUUUGUAUAUUGCUGCAGAUCGUUUUCCACAGAAAGAACAGAAGUUCCAAAGUUUCGCCCGUCACAAUUUUACAAGUAAAAUCUGCAUGCCAGGACGACGAAAAUACAGUGGAUACCAAAAUGGAUGAAGACACUUGCCAUUGGGUCACUCGCAUCUUCGUAGACAUAGAGCGACCAAUACUGAUGGACAUAAUCAAAUGGGUUGGUAUUGGAAUGUUCACUGCUGGACUUUUGUUAUCCUCUCCCACAAGAUAUGCUUUGAUCCCACUUAUCCUGCAUGACGUGGCACAAGUCAUCCACACGCACAGACUGUAUAAUAAUGAAUUUGUGACCCAAGAUAUCAAACGUGUACACUUCACGCAUGCCUUUCUUGGCGGAUUCCCCACUGGAACCACAGCCAAGGUCGUCGGGAUUUUCUGGUUGGACGGAUUAUGGGACAAUGGAGAUGCCGGUUAUGUUAUUGCACUUGCACCCCAUUCAAUCCUUGUCCUUGCGUGUUUCCCGAUCAUGAUUUCUGCUUUCAUUUUCAUGUGCUGCAAGUGCCGUAAAUGUAAACUUUGUGGUGAUAGAGGGUUCGUGGUUGUUUGCUGUGUAUUUUACGUUGUCUCCAGUAUUCUUUGGCUGUUGGGUACAUUUCUCUUCAUCGCCAGGUCACCGUACGACAUGUUUGGCAUCACGAAGGCAUGUGCUGCCAUCUAUCCGAUCAUCAGACAGGGUUUUGAUAUGGAACCACCUUUUGCACUUGGCUUUGCAUUUGUUUUCCUUGUCGUCCUUAUAUACAUUGCCGUCACAUACGUGUGCGUUGGCAAAAAUGGAAGAUUGUUGAAAGUGUUUCCAGAAUUCAUAGACGCAUGGAGUUUUGCUUGGUCGGCUGUCACGCUGGUCUAUUUCAUGGACAACCCAGGAGCCGCCAGCGCAACCCAUAUGAAGCUGUACGUGGCGUUGCCAUUGCUGAUGUCUUGUGUAGUUGGCAUUUUCGUUGAUGUAUUCCGAAUUGUACAUUUUGCCAAAGAGAGGAGAAAAUUACAUGCAGAAUUCGAAGUUACAGUGCAGCAACUGGGGGAAGCUAGCAAGAAAACGGUUUUAGAGAAAGAAGAAGAUUCUGGAAUCGAGUCAGCUCCAGUGCCCGUAUGUGGAACGUGAACGUCAACGUGCUAAAUAUACUGAGACAUUCUUUACAAUAUAAACCUUUGGUUACUUUAUGUAAUACUACCACUGACGUGUUUCAUCACGCCAUUAUAUCUCUAUUACCCCAGCAUCCUGCCCCUGUACAGUUUAUCUCCGUUUAUUAUCGAAAGACCACAUGCAAAAAUACUGAGUUCUUCAAAUUCAUUGCUAAGAAGAGAUACCGCAGGCCAUUGUUACGCUGACUCGCAGGUAGAUGCACUGGGUGUGAAAAUGAUUUUCUGCCUAAAGUGUACAUCUUGCCUACUGCUGCUUUUACUAUAUUUCACAGGAAAUUUGUUGUUUAUGGAAAUAAUAGCUGUGGGCUACCAGGAACAGCUGUUCCAAAUAUAACAGGACGACAUGUUUAUAUACAUGUACUAAGGGUCACCACAGACCAAAUGUAGUUACAGUAUACAGUGUUUCAUGUAUAUAUAUUUUGCUAUAUUAAAAACGCUCUACUAUGCUCGAUGUCCCAGUCGAAUAAUAAAAGAGCGAGUCUUACAUGGUGUUACAUUAUUAUGAGGCUGUUUCGCAAAAAAUGAUCAUCAGAGGUAUACACUGUAAAUGAUCCAGCUUGGUGAGGAAAUGAAAAUUGUCAAUAUUUUUCUAACUUCCAAUUGUAAUUGGCAAUUGUUGACUUGAUGACCAAAAACGGAUAAUAUACUCUGAAAAAUAUGUUGCAUAUUGUGUUGGUUAAAUGGUAGUAUAUUGUGUUUCGUGUACCGGCCAUAAAGAGCGCAUUCAGAACAUAUGAUCCGCGGACUAACUGAUGCCGCUAAUCCCUUGAUGGUCUUCUCGCCUCCCCACGCGCCGUCGCUGCCGGUGCCU